CUUCGGGGUGUCGCAGUUGGUCGUGAACUCUGUGAGGAAGCGGAUGAUGCAUUUCGACUCGAGAUAGCGCCUUGGGCGCUUUCCACUCAGCGACAUGAUCGAUUUCAUGGACUACAUCGUCCACGCUUUCGGUACAGCGACCGAUUGGAACGUGGACAACAGCUACUCAUCUCUGACCGCGACAUCCGACGCUCUACUCUCCUUCCAGACGCCGUCGACGCUAUCCUUGCAUGUGUCAUCGCUGAGCACGCCCAACUUUGCGACCUCUUAUACCCUGUCCACCUUGGGCCAGAUCGAUGGCUCGAUAUCAUACCUCUACUCGACCGUCCCUCUGGCACAUAUACCCUCGCAGACAACGAGUAUACCGUUGAAACAUCUCGUCAGAGGGUACAGGGAUAUCAGACUCCCCACAGGGGUACAAGAGAAGAGACACCUGCUCAGCGAGAAUGAACGUAAACCCACAUUACUCCAUGCUACACUUGCCCUACCUCCACCAUCCGUCCUGACUGGUCUCUACACUCGUCGCAUCAACCCGGACACACUUAUUUCAUUAUCCUUGUAUAGCAAGUCCGCGCCAAGCCCUACCCUCAACUCUGGUCCUCCUCCGGCAUCAGUCCUCGCCCAUGUCCAGCACGACACAGGCCGCUUCUCUGUCGAGGGCCUUGGUUCGACCGACAACGCCCUCCUCGGAGUCCGAGCAUUAUGGAAUUUUGGUCUCUCGCCUCUUGAAUCCGACACCUCCAUCUCUUCUGCCUCUCCGUCUGAAAUUAUUGGCGAUCUAACAGACUUCCCAAACGGCCUCCCGCUCCCACCACAACUCGACGCCUUAUCAACCCACCAGAUUCGCCUAGCGUCCAAACCCUCACUCCUCUCCGCCGGCGCAGAGUUCUACUACAGCCCAUUCUCGCAUGUCAUUGGGUUGUCGACCGGAUUACGCUUCACUACUCUUGCGCCGCUGAUUGUGCCCUCUGAAGAGCCAUCAGUACCACCCCUGCCGCGCCCUGCAUCAAACAAGCCGCUGGCCGGGACAUCGGCGGCCCUAUUAUCCAGUGCAGGUCACAGCCUCCUCACACCUUCCAACGUCUCACACUCUUCCUUCCCAUAUACAAUGACACUCACCCUGACUCCACUAACCGGCUCUAUAUCAUCGACGUACUCGGUCCGUCCGACGCCGAAUCUUGCGUUGUCUUCGCGGUUCGAUUUCAACUUUUACUCCUGGGAGAGCCGGUACGUCGUGGGUGGUGAAUUAUGGCGCAGGCACCGCACAUCUGCCGACGGGGGUGCGACUGAAAGCGGCUCGCCGAGUUCGUGGGCCCGGACGAGAACGAAAGACUGGUUCACGCCUGCCGAACGGUCGCUCAAGGACGAAAGGAUAGCGCGAGAGGAGGAGAAUGUGCUCAAAUUCAGGGUGGACGAUACGUGGAAUGUCCGGGCGCUGUGGACGGGCAGAGUGAAGAGCCUGCUUGUCAGUGCGGGUGUGGGCCUUUGUCCUGUAUCGAGGGGCCAGAACCUUGGGUCUGCACCGGUUACGGUAGCGGGAGGUGUGAUGAGAGCACACGCCGGGGAUGCGGGCCUGGAGGGAGGAGUGAGCGUCAAGAGGUGGACGGGCAGUGUGGGUGUGACUAUUGCUUACUCGACAUGAGUAUGCCGAAGAUUGAGGCGUUCCUGGCUGCUUAUCUGGCUGGAGGGUGGAUUUUCAAUGCAAUGCAUAGCGAGGGAGGUCCCGGUCUGGAAGACAAACGUUAUCGAAAGCAGAAUUUUGUUCUGUACCCGAAUAUACCCAUGCACUGACUACCUAGUACAAUGGUUGAUUAUGACCCAUUUAUCCCAUUGGAGAUGACCAUGUUUACGCUGUCAAGCC